CUUUUAUUUUGCCGUGGCGCUGCGCCAAGGUCAUUUACAUGUUGCUGAAACCCUGAGCUGUUUUAAAUCAGCUGAUUAAUCAUGGCCAGAAAUAAUAAUUUACUUUAAGAUAUUAGUAACACUUUUGACCUGUGACAUUUUACUGGCUGUUUUUCCAGUUCAGCUCCAGUUCAUUCAUGAAAUGUUUAACCCAAGCAAUGAGAUAAAUACUUGACUACCCACCCAGUUUCUGAACACACCGUUCUAUGAAAUGACAGAAGACUCUGCUGAAACCUGUUGGACGAGCUGUCUGUGAAACAAUAAAUGUAUGAUAGCACAGGAAGCAACGCUUCAAAUAUUUCUGCAUCUUCACGUUCGUGGUUUUAUUUGAGAGCCAGUUUUAACGGCGUCACAUGUAUUGAACCACAAUGGAAUUUGCUUGUGGGUUUGUUUAUGUGCCACACUUCACACAGAAAGAGGGAAAACAAUCUGGUGCUAAUGUCUUUAAACGAUCAGCUCUCCAUCCUCCUAUGAAGUGGAUCCGUCCUCAUGCUGCUCCUCCUCCCCCUCCUACACUAUCUGCAAAAGUCAAAGCCCAACAGUCCCCCACUUCUCCGAAGAUCACUGAACAAUUUGGAAACAGCAGAGAAGUGGAGGUUACAAAACUUACUUCUUCCUAUAAAGACACUGAAUUUCACAAGAGACUGGAGGCAGCUGCUUCCAUGCCUCCUCAGAGGACAACGCCACCUCAUAAAACAGCUCUUCUUCCACCACAUAUGAGACCAGCAGGAAACAGCCCAUCCACACCUUACAAACAACCUUGUGCUUCCUCCAAUGCCAACCAUCUGAUAUUUACCUAUGAUGAGCCAAAAAAAGAACCUGAUUUUAACACGGAACCCUGGGAUCCUGACUACUCUUAUAGUGUCCCUGAAGGCUCAGGUGGUGAGGUAAAGUUGCCAGCUGAAACUGGCAUUGUGCCGGCAUCAGCCCCUGGUAUCCCUCCAAGACCUGCAUUUAUGAAAUUAAUUCCAGAGUACCUGAUGUUGUUACCAUCAUCUCCUUCAGCCACACCACAUCUCUCAUCACCUCCCAGUAAAGCAGAUAAGGAGCCUCUGCCAGGAAAUCCCAACGUGGUUCUGGUCAGUUUAGGAAAAUUGCUCUCAGAGGAAAGAGUGCAACCCACACAAGGGGAACCCACCUGCUGCUCUCAGUGUGGCUCUGUACUGAACACCUGCUUUGACAAUGUGGUUGAAGUAUGUUACUUCUGUCAUUCAACCAGUUCUCCCAUGGAACUCCAGUGUCCUCUAAAUGCUCACAGGGAUGGGCUCUUUCUGCUCAACCCUAAUGAAAAGCCCCUGUGUGCUGCUGAUACCCUGCUACUUUUCUGCAUCGAUGUCUCAGGCUCCAUGAGUAUCACCUCCCAGGUGAUGGAAGGAGAGCAUAUUGUCUACAAAUCCAGACUCCAGUUUGUCCAAGAAGCCGUGUUGCAGUGUGUUCAGACACUAAGUGAACAACACCCUGACAUACAAGUGGGGCUCGUCACCUUCAACUAUCAUGUGACAGUGCACGGUCAUGAGGGUUUACCAUCACAUACCCUGAGUGGUGCUGAGUUGACUGAUAGUGAAUACUUGAAAGAGGCUGGAGCCAGUUUUCCCAGUCCACCUCCACUUACUCAGACCAAAGACUGCCGACAAAUACAAGUCAUGGGAUUAUCUGCAAACGGGACCACAGCUCUGGGUCCAGCUGCUCUCCUUACAAUUGCAAUGGCCUCCAGACAGCCAGGCUCAAAGGUAAUUAUCUGUACAGAUGGAAAAGCCAAUGCAGAGUUGGGGAAUCUAGAAGAGGAGGACAAUGAUGCUCGCACCCUCCUCUCAUCCACAAUCUUCUACACAGAGCUGGGGGAGUAUGCUGCUAAUCAAGGUGUGACAGUGUCUGUGCUGUCCAUAGAGGGAACUGACUGCAGGCUGGAUGAGCUGGGAAGACUCACUGAUCGCACUGGAGGGAAAGCAGUGAUAGUCAGUCCUAACAGAUUGCACACAGAGUUUGAAGAGAUUAUUCAAAAUCAGAUCGUGGCCACUCACUGUUCCGUGACGUUGCUGCUGCCCAAGUCACUGCGUAUGAAAGGGGAGAGAGAGGCAGGACACAAAGGAACCAGAGAGGUGGGGAACGUGAACCCAUAUACCGAGAUUACCUUCCAGUUUGGAGCUAGUGACCAAAACACAGAAGUGCCACCGCCAGCUCCUGGCAGCCACGUAUCCAUCCAGCUACAGAUCAGAUACAAGCAGGGAAAUGGACGGAUGAUGCUCAGAGUGUUGACUGCUGACCGAGAAGUUACAGAUGACAGCUCGGCGGCCCUGUCCUCUCUGUCUCUGGCCAUCAUUCAGCUCAACUCUUCACAGGCCAGCGCCGCUCUAGCCGUCAGAGGCCGUUUCCUUGAUGCCAGGGAGGAGGGAGAGCUGCAGCGGAAGCUUAUUGAAAGAGCAAUAGAGCAUAAUCACAGUGCAGAAGAAAAACACACAUUUCAAGAAUGGAUUAAAAAGAUGGAGCCAAUAUACAGCAACAUACAUAGCUUGACGAGGAGAAAAUCUGUCAUUUCAGAUUCUCAGCCUUUAACAGAUGCUGGUGCAGCGCUGUUCUACGCUAUGAAGCACAGCAACAGGAAGUCCAUUUCACUGAAGAAGAAGCUUCAGCUCUAGCCAGUGGUCUUUCUCCACCUUUUACCUCAGCCCAGGCAACUCAAGUCAUGAAUGUCAAAGUGAAACACUAAAAUUGGACUUUGGCUUUAUAAAUACCUGUAAAAUAUUUCAAUAUGCAAACUAUAAAGGCAUUAUAAAACUAUAUGACACAA